AUGGACAAAUUACCAUCCGAGAUACUUGUUAUGAUAGCCGAGAAUCUAAGACAAGGACCUGAGCUUGUGAUUCCUCUCCGCCGCGCUUACAUUCCUUACGAGUCAACGUUUGAUCUAUCUUCUUUACCACCAGACCCAUAUCGCCCCCGGCGGCCUGUCCCUGGUGACCCGCCGCUACGGGGACCUCUUUUACAACAUACUCGACCAUUAAUGAGCGAAGAUGAAAAGGCUAAAUAUUUCUACACGACGAAAGCUUGGAAGAAAUUGGACUGGAGCUCAUGCCUCAAUUGGGAUUUCGAAUCGCGUGAAAAUUGGGUAGCAGUCAUCCAGACCCUGCUAGAUCUUCUCAACUUCUCACUCACCGGCCGCAAAUACCACGUAAUUGUUCACCCUGUCAUGCGGCAAGUCUUGGAUUUGAUCAUGAACUGCAUAAUUCCUCCGUGGCGUACAGGAGACAUAGUCUACGCCACCAACGAGUCUGGAGUUCAAGCCGAUCUAAGUCAAUACCUUGAGAGCAUUACCCGACUAGACCGUCACUUUCACCGGUGGGCAGCUCGAAAGACGGCUCCUCCAGAUCGCUACCGAAUCAAGCGUUUCACGAAGCAAACCACACGUUUCGAUUACGACACCUGGGCACAGCGAUUGGGAGACGAUAGAUUUUACAUGCCAGACCUCGGACGCUAUGGUACCAGCACUCAUUACACGCCGGAUUUUGACCCGCUCUGUCUUAGCCGGCAAGUCAACACAGAGCCACUGGCCCUUCACAUGUUCCCGAAACGUCUUCACCAUCAUGAGCCAGCUGGCAUACUGUUCUUGCUGAGAAGCCUGAUCAACGAAAUCAUCGAAAUUAGGUAUCUUACCAGGACAGAUGAAUUCGAGAUCUUGCUUCGUCGUCCAGCUACAGGACGGGCUCCGACAACAUCUAGUCGGAUGAAUUUUGAAGGACACCAGGUUCAAACGCUUGUCACACUUAAUAAAGAUGAGAUACGUUCGCUAGAUUAG